UCGCGUGCCGGGCCGGGCUCCGCCAAGAGUGUGCAGCGCUCCCUCCCUUCCUCCCUCCCUCCUGGCACUGCGGGAGGCCAGGGCGCGCUCGAGGACCCGGGCGGCCCCGGCGGCGGCGGCAAGCAUGGACGCGGUGCUGCUUGAGCACUUCCCCGGCGGCCUGGACGCCUUCCCGGCCGCGUACUUCGACGAGGACUUCUUCACCGACCAGUCCUCCAGGGACCCCUUGGAGGACUGCGACGAGCUGCCGGCGGACGAGCAGGCCGAGGUCGAGCUCCUCAGCCGCCAGCUGCGCGAGUGCUGCCACCGCGAAGGCGCGCGCCUGCUGCUGCCGCCCGCGGGCCCGGCCGCCCCGCACGCACUGGGCGCGCAGCAGCCUGGGGCCCCCGCGGAGCCGGGGGGCGGUGGCUUCCCCUUCUCACCCCGCUCGCCGCCCGCCUGCCGGGCCUGCCCCUGCGCCGCCGCGCUGUCCCCCGGGGCGCGGCUGCGGGGCCUGAGCGGGGCGGUGCGGCGGCGGCGGCGGGCGCGCUCGGAGGCGGAGCUGCUGCAGCUGCGGCAGGCGGCCAACGUGCGCGAGCGGCGGCGCAUGCAGUCCAUCAACGACGCCUUCGAGGGGCUGCGCUCGCACAUCCCCACGCUGCCCUACGAGAAGCGCCUGUCCAAGGUGGACACACUGCGCCUGGCCAUCGGCUACAUCAACUUCCUCAGCGAGCUGGUGCAGGCGGACCUGCCCCUGCGCGGCGGCGGCGCGGACGGCGGGGGGCGCCUGGGCGGGGACAGCCCGGCCGGCCAGGCCCAGAAGGUCCUCAUCUGCCACCGGGGCACGCGCUCCCCCUCCCCCAGCGACCCGGAUUACGGCCUCCCUCCCCUCGCGGGCCACUCUCUCUCGUGGACUGACGAAAAGCAACUCAAAGAACAAAACGUCAUCCGGACGGCCAAAGUGUGGACCCCAGAGGACCCCAGGAAACUCAACAGCAAGUCUUCUUUCAGCAACAUAGAAAACGAGCCGCCCUUUGAGUGCGUGUCCUGAGGCCGCCUCGGCCUAGGGCUAACCGUGACUGCGUACGGCACGCGUGGAUGCCUGUGACGGGAGCGUAACUUAAGAAUCAGAGUUUUCUAAUGGCAAUCAAGUGUUUGUUAUUUAUCUAUUUAUUAUUCUGUUGAGUUAAUGACAUAGAUGAUUCUCUUUAAAUACAUAAUUUAUAUAAUUUAUUUCUCAGCGUUGUUAAUAAA